AUGUCGGAAAUUUACACACACCAUUACAGCCAGCUGAGCCAGCUCGAACUUGCCACUUCAGAUCUCGCCCAUGAUGCCGGUUCCUUCUCGGCCUGCUUGAAUUUAAGAGUGACUCUUCCGCAGGCCACUUCAUCUGGUUCCAAAGUUUCCAAAGGCUGCUUUCCAGCAGUUUCAAUCCAUGUGGUGAUUGUCGCUGCUGCUCUUCUGACCCUCGUAGUAUUCAACUUAUUGUUGAAGGACGUGGACGUGGCUCUCAUGCGCAUUGUGUUGUUCCCUGGUCUGAUCAUCGGCGCUCUGACACUUCUGGCCGGGAUGGUCAGCCCACAUCACAAUGCCAAGAAACCCUGGAAAGAGGCAGUCGCUGUAAGUGUGGCAAAGAUGCAGAUGCUUGCGGGCCAAAUUCUGUUUCCAACGUUCUUGUACUAUGCAGAUCUGGCCAGUGACAUCUACAUGAUCAGGAGGUUCUGGCAUGAGGGUCACGACGCCUUUGCCAUCGUCAAUAGUCUGGCCCUGGUCGCUGGAUUGGCAUUGUCCGUGAACGGAAAUAUGCUGUCAAGGCUGCUGGUCCUCUUUCACAUCAACCCCUUGCUGGUCACUGUGCAAGCCAUGUUUUUAUUCUGCGGCGCACGGUCAGCCACAGGAAACGAUCCAAGAUAUCGAUCUCUACAUGGCUACUUUCAGAGUGAAGGUUGCGCUAUGCAGCUGGUGCGGUCUUCAGUUUCAGAGGCUUUCGCCCAAGCCUUCGUGAGCACCUUUGUGCAGACAUAUGCCAUGUUGACCCAAUCGCUAUCCUGGAAUUUCCUGUCCACCAUCUCCCUGUUGCUCAGUUUGGUGUCCAUUGUCCGACCCUUCUCCUUCUUGGAUAUGUAUCAAUACGUCUCGCGCGAGAUCCAUGGCCAGCCUAUUUUGGUGGGGAUCGCGCAGCCUGAAGCUGGGCACGAAUGA